AUGAAGAUGAAGGGUAAUCUUAUCAUUACGUAUUUCGUGUUUUUAUCAAUGAUGGCAAAAAUGAACUUCUUUUUGCCAUUUUUCUUGUAUAUAUUCAUCGUAUUUUCUUCAACCUCUUGGUCUCUAAAUGAAGAUGGGGAAACGGAAAGUGACAUAAAUUAUUGGUGUGACACGACUCCUCAUCCGCAACAAUGUAAAUAUUUUUUGAGUCGUGGGGCACACCAUACCCCACGACACAGAAAAGACUUUAGGAUGCUAGUUUUGAAGGUUGCUUUGCAAUCAGCCCAAGAGGCAUUGACCUGCAAUAAUGACCUAAGAAAUAAGUGCAAGAGCAAACGAAAGAAGGCGGUAUGGAUUGAUUGCAACAAGCUAGUCAACAACACCAUUCUUCAACUCAACCAAACCCUAAAUGGUCUCAAAUACAAUCGAAGCUCGGACUUUGAUGCUCAGACUUGGCUCAGCGCCGCCCUCACCAAUCUGGAAACUUGUUUUUCGGGUUCCAAAGAUUUCAAUUUGACAAACUUUGUAUCUCCACUCAAAUCACAUAACCUCACGGAAAUGAUAAGCAAUAGUUUGGCCAUAAAUCAAUAUUUUGUGAAACAAAAACUAAAGAAACAAGAUGUUGAUGAAGAUUUUCCUAGUUGGGUUGCACCCAAUGACCGAAAACUGUUGCAAUCAACUUCAAUUCACAUGAAGGCUAAUCUCAUCGUGUCUCAAGCUCGAGGGAGUAGAUUUCGAACCAUUCAAUCAGCUCUAAACUUUGCCGCAGGUCUUAAGCGUGGUAACAAGAGAUACAUUAUCUACAUAAGAGCAGGCGUUUAUAGAGAGAAUAUUGAAAUUGGAAACAACCUAAACAACAUCAUGUUCAUUGGUGAUGGAGCAAAAAAUACAAUUAUUACUGGUUCCCGGAGCGUUGGAGGAGGUUUCACGACAUAUAGCUCUGCCACCGUCGGAGUUGAUGGAAUUGGAUUCAUUGCCCGUGGCAUAACAUUUAGAAAUACUGCCGGCCCGGCAAAGAAACAGGCAGUGGCACUUCGAUCAGCAUCGGAUCUAUCAGUGUACUACGCUUGUAGUAUAGAAGGAUAUCAAGACACUCUUUUUGUACUUGCUCAAAGGCAGUUCUAUAAAUUGUGUUAUAUUUAUGGUACAAUCGAUUUCAUAUUUGGUAAUGCGGCCGUGGUGUUCCAAAAUUGUAUGAUCAUGGCACGAAGGCCAUUAAGAGGACAAGCAAAUUGUAUAACUGCACAAGGCCGUGGUGAUCCUUUUCAGAACACGGGGAUUUCAAUUCAUAAUUCCCGUAUUAUGCCUGCACCGGAUUUAAGGCCAGUGGUGGGUACAGUCAAGACAUACUUGGGCCGCCCAUGGCAAGAAUAUUCGAGGACAGUUUAUAUGAAAACUUUCAUGGAUAGUCAUAUUGAUCCACAAGGAUGGGCAUCAUGGGAUGGCACUAAUUUUGCACAAAAUACAUUGGUCUACGGGGAAUAUGCAUGUUUCGGUCCUGGUUCAUCGACAAGAAACCGUGUGAAAUGGCGUGGAUAUAGCAUAAUAAGAAGUGGGAGCGUUGCGUCUCAGUACACGGUGGAGAGACUCAUUGCCGGCAGGUCAUGGCUUCCGGCAACCGGCAUACCAUUUACUCCAGGAUUAUGA